CGUACUUUAAAAAGUCGUUUGGUUUUUACCCCUCAUGAAACGGUCAUAUUUAAUUUGUUUAUCGAAAUUCAAUUAAUUUUGUCAAAAUAUGGAAAAUAAGCCUUUUCUAUCGAAAAAGCAUGGCGAUAAAGAUUUUAAGAUACCUCGUCCGCCGAAUGCUUUUAUGAUUUUCUCCAGAGAAAAUCGCACGAGCUUUAGAUUAAAUUAUCCGAACGAUUCCAAUCAAGAGAUUAGCAUACGGUUAGGAAACGUAUGGAGAAGGAUGAAUCCCGAGGGAAAGGCAAUUUACUAUCAGAAAGCUAAAGAAUGUGACAGAAAACACAAAGAAACUUAUCCAGGGUACAUUUAUAGACCAAGAAGAAAUUGCAAACCCUUGAAACAGAAAAAAAUGCAUUCUUCUUUCAUGGCAAUGACAGAUUCUUUACCAGAAUCAAUUGUUAAAGUUAACAUUUCUGAAUCAGAGCAUACCGACGAUGAGGAUAAGUAUUCCGAGUUUUGCUCGACUAAGAAAGCACUUCUUCUAAUUCCUACCAACAAGAUAAUUAAACGUAAUGUCAGUACGCAGACGGAUGAUCUUACGACUCGUACGUUGCAUACGGACGUAAACCGAGACGAAGCUACCGAAGAAGAAAAAUCUGCUUGGUUAUCGUUUCUUAACAAUUUCAGCCAAUCAAAAGAAGCUGAAUUUGAAAAUGUAGAUAAUUCCUCACCAAUUGUUACUGAACAUCUUCAUGCAUCUGAAGAAGUAUCGAAUGCAUAUUCAGAGUUAACAUAUUUACUUCCUUUGGAAUAUUAUCAGUGCGUUCCAGUUGCUUUACAUUCUGCUAUUUCUCAAUUUUAAUGCCUAAUUCAAGUGUUUUUGUUGUAACUUAUUUCGUAUUUUCAUCAGAUUUUAAAUAUAUAUUUAAUAAUUUUAUCUUGGAUGACUGUAAAGAAGUUUUGUUAAUGUUUCUGAUCUACACUUAAUGCAAUUCUGUCAGUAAUAUUAAGUUCAGGUUUUUUAACUAAAUUAAACUAAUAAAAAAUUUACUUUUAUAUCUUUAUAAUUAAUAAAUUUAUAUUUAUUUCACAAUAAAUUAAAUAUAUAUUUAAAAUAAACUUUUGAUUCAUUACUAUUUGAUAGCAUGUAUUUUAACUUCAUGAAUAAUUUAAUACAUGAUUGGUUCCAAAGUCUGGCCAGAUUAGGUGCAUGAAAGUGGUUAGUCACGUGCAAUAAUAAUUCAUCAGCACACCUAAUUAUACACCUAUGUGUCUAAAGUAGACCAUGGACUACUAGAAACUAUACACGACACCACCACUGACAUUCUCAUCUUUCUUAGAAGCUGUAUCUAAGGUUAAAUUUAAGCAAACUAAACUAAGAAUAUAAGAAGUUGAAAAAAUGUAAGUGUGCCCUGUACACAACACCAUCUGUAGAUGCCCAGUAAAUUAAUGUGGUAGCUGCAGAAUUCCAAGUUUCCUUUUGUAAUUUCAUCUGGAUUAAAGGUGUGCUGGACCAUCAAUUGCCAGAAAUUCAGUGGUGUAUCUGUAUUUGUGUCACUGAUAAAAACUUGGUAGAAAAAUUGCAUUUUAUAUGUUUAAAAACUCAUAAAAGUUUUCAUAAAACUCAAAAUAUUUUAUUAAAACAUGAACAAUCUUAGUUAAAAAUGUAUAUAUAUAAAUAUACAUUCCAACAGUGUGAAAAUAUGCUAAUUUAUAACAUUUAACAGUGUUAAAAUGUUUUAAAUUGUUUCAAUUUUUAUUUUAAAAAUUACGAACCGAUGAUCUUCCAUCUAAUGAAAGCCUUUUACACAUUCAUUUGAAACAAAUAUGUACAUGUAAAUCUUCCUUAUUAAGGACGUGCUUGACUUGUAUUA